CAUGCUAGGGCGUGUACACUCCAUCGCCCCACACCCCCUCCCAACCCCUUCUCUCAAGCAAACAUGACCGCGCCAACGCCAACGCUUGCAGAGGCGCCGCACGCCGGACCCUCUCAGGCGACUCGUCGAGUGCACAUCUCCGGUCUAUCCAGCACGCUAUCCGACGAAUCGCUGCUCUCCCGCUUCUCCACGCUUCGAGCGUGCAACUUUCAUCGACCGGCAGCCGCAGCAACAGCAGCAACAACAACAACGACCGCCGCCUCACUUCCCGGACCCAAAGCUUGGCUCACGCUCGUAGGUCCUGCAAAGGAGGUGGAGAGGAGCGCAAAUUCCUUGCACGGUGCGCUCUGGAAGGGCAGCAAGAUACGCGUAGGAACUGCAAAACCUGACGGUGCCCUCGCUCCGCUACCUCGACCCGCUGCCACUUUGAGGCGCGAAGCUGCUCGGGCGGAAAAGAAGCAGCAAGCGCGAGAGAGGAGACGUCAGCGUUGUCCGAGGGAGGAAAAGGUGGAUAGGGUGGUGGAUUUGCAAAGCGUCAAGGAUGGCCAACAUUGGGGCUGGCACGUUACCCCAGCAUCCCACCUCAUCCGUCCCAUGCACAUGCGACCAUCUCAUCCGCUCCCUCCUCCAGCAGCAGCCUCCAUGUCGAGCGGGCAGCCUAAACGCAAAACCACCAGCAGCAGCAGGAGCAGCGGCAGAGCGCGCAGACUGACCAUCGACCCGCGCAGGUACUCGCGCACGCAUCUAGCUGGCGAUCUGCUGGACUUUGAUGGCGGCGGCGGGGGCGACCGCAAGGCAUUGCAAAGCGCAUGGGUGUGGGACGAAGAGCAUGGUGCUUGGAGGGAUCAACAUGGAAGGGUCGAAGUCGUCGUCGUCGCGGCGUCUACACCCGCCGAUCACGCUCGCGACGACGGCGACGACGGCGACAAUUCGAUUCCAGAUCAGCUCGCAGACGAUCCGAUUGCAGAUCAGCUCGCAGCCGAUUCGAUUUCAGAUCAGCCAGACGCAGACGAUUCGAUGUCAGAUCAGCUCUUUGCGCCGCAACGAUCCGUCUCGCCACUGUUUGACGCCCCGCAACGAUCCGUUUCGCCACUGUUUGACGCCCCGCAACGAUCCGUCUCGCCGUUGUUUGACGCCGACGCAUUUUCAGAAGGCUACGAAGAGGACGCGGGCGGCAGCGUGUUGGAGGAGGAUGAAGAGGCGCAGACGAAAAGGGUGCUUCGCGAGCUGUACGGCGAGGUCAAGUACGGCGAGGAAGCGAGUGCAGCAGCAGCAGCAGCGGCGGCGGCGGCGGCGGAAGAGGAGAGCGACGAUGAGGAAGCGUUGCGGAAGUUGUUGUCUGCGCGAGCGAAAGAAGAGCCUGAGCGUGCGCCUCGAUCCCGCUUAGACUUUAUAAAGCCGAAUUUGGAGAGCGGCAGCGGCGGCGGCUCGAGCAGCGCGCAUUCAUUCACGCCAGUCGUCAGGUUCGAUCCGGGCGUGCGCGCGCGCGCGGACGACGACGGCGAGGGCGAGGGCGAGGAAGCGCAACCGCACUCGCACCCGCACCCGCACUCGCACGCGCAACGCACCGAAUCGCCCGUACGCUCGCCCGCACGCUCGCCCGCGCCGCAAACGAACCAGCGCAGCACGUUGGAGGUGCAAAAGCUGACGGACAUGUUUAAACCUCAAGAGGCGGGUGAGUGGGGGCGCAUCACGCGAGGGAGAGAGCCGUCGCACAUACUGACACGCAUCGCGGUCGAGCCAGCUCCAAGCUUUUCCUUGCUGGGCGAUUUGGCAGAGGAGGAUCUCGAUUUGGACAUGGCAUUCGAUCAUGGCGGCAAUGGCGCAGACGACGGCGCGGAUGAUGUCGAGUCGACACACGUCGCGAAUCAUGCGGCCCGGGCCGCCCCUUCGGACCUCUUUAAUCCGGAUCCGAAUCUGCCCUUCUUCUUUGCAGUCUCCAAAAAGGCCUCUUCCGCUGCAAGAGCUCGCGAUCCCAUCGUCCGGCUGACCAGUCUGAGCAGCAGCAGCAGCACUGCCGCGUCGAUUCGCGAAUUUGUGCGCCCGGCGGAGGAGAAAGAGGAGGAGAGGAUAAAGAGGUGGGAAAUGAGAAAGUCGGAAUUGACGCGCGAGUGGAAGAGGAGACAUCGAGAGGCUGUCAAGAAGCGCAAGCGGGGUUACGAGGGGUCGCGCAGAGCUGCCGCUGCGUGA